AUGAUGCAGUUUGUUUUAUUUCUAGGGGUGUGCUUUAUUUUGGGGGGGCUGGCAGUCGCCUCCAACCCUUCUCCCUACUAUGGGGUUGUAGGGUUGGUUUUGGCUUCUGUUGCUGGGUGUGGUUGAUUGGUUAGUUUGGGGGUAUCUUUUGUGUCUUUGGUGCUGGUUAUGGUGUAUCUUGGGGGGAUGUUGGUGGUGUUUGUUUAUUCGGUGUCGUUAGCAGCGGAGCCUUAUCCUGAGGCUUGGGGUGAUUGGGGGGUUGUUGGUCAUGGUUUAGGGAUGUGUUUGGUUGUUAUGGUGGGGAUUAUGGUAGGUGGGGGGAUAGAGGUUUUAGGGGAUGUGGGGACGGUUGAUAGUGGGGGGCUGUCUUCAGUUCGGCUGGAUUUUAGUGGGGUAGCUGUGUUUUAUUCGUGGGGGGCCGGGCUGCUUUUAAUUGGGGGGUGAGGCCUGUUGUUGACUUUAUUUGUGGUGCUGGAGCUUGUGCGGGGGUUAUCUCGUGGGGCAAUUCGGGCUGUUUAG